CUCGUUCAGUUGACGUCGGGAGCUGAACGAAAAUAGCACGAUCGCGACGACGUGUUGUGUCGCUUGGUCGAUCGGUCAAACCAUUAAACCUUGCGGCGAUAAUCAGUGACAGCUUAGAUCAAUACUCUGAACAACAAACUACAUUACUGUGAUUAGUGUUUUGCGCGUUGAGAACGAUUGGAACGCCAUCGAAGGCCGAAAAAAUAAUGCAAUAAACGUUUGCAACAGACGCGUGUAGGUGGUGGUUUGUUAUGAAACAUUUUGAGGUUUUCUCAAGAAAUUCUCAACGCAAAAAGGAAGUCGCAAAAGAAGUUGCAAUCUACUGAAACCAGUAUGCAGUGAUCUUGUCAUCGGGAUCAGUGCAACCAAGCAUCCAGAAUCUCAUAGCCCUACUGUCAACAAGAUCUGUACCACCAUGAACACUCACCGAACCCUUGCACUAACAGCCAUCCUGCUCAUCUCAUCGAUCUCGACCAAUUCAGCGGAAGACCAGACCGGCAGCAGCAAGGUCCGUAGGAAGCGAUUUGUCUGCCCGGAUGAAUCGACCAUCUCGGAUUGCACGUGUCAGGAGUUCGGGACCCAGUUCAUGUUCAACUGCCCGCAGUCCAAUCCGACGCUGGAAAUAACGGUAAACGAAGCCAUACAAGCAGUUCAACUCAAAUGCCGAGAGCGGUACGAUCUCAAUAGCCUGCCGAAUCUGGCAAUCGGCAACAUCAGUCUGCUGGUCGUUAAGGCCUGCGUUUUGAACGAGACGCAACCCAUUCUGGAGACGUUCGGUUUCCUGGGAGUUAACAACGUUAGAGCGCUGCUGUAUGAUGACUAUCACGACCUUCAAACGAUUCCGUAUAGUCGAACGCAUUUUGAAGGACUGGAAAACCUGGUAAAUUUGACCUUGACGCGUGGAUUCGGAAUUCAAGAGAAUACCUUUGAGCGUUUAUCGAACCUUAAACGGUUGAACAUCCAAAAUAACAGACUGGAACUUCAACGUGGUGUGUUCGAUGGUUUGCCAAAUUUAGAAGUUCUCAGUUUGGAGUACAACAAAAUCGAUCACCUGGAAUUGGGCUUGUUUAAGAAGCUAGGAAAACUAGAAGUGCUCUCGUUAGCUCGCAACAAUAUCAAGAACAUCAGCAAAGAGGUGUUCAACGGUUUGAACAACUUGCGUUUGCUGGACCUGCGGACCAAUAGCAUCGCAUCACUGGACACAGACGUUUUCACUAUGCUACCAGAACUUACUGAAUUAAAUAUCGGAUUCAAUCCGAUCAGCAAAUUCCCGGAAGGCACGCUUUCUGGUAAUCGAAAACUCAAAACCUUCGGUUUGCGUAAUAACAAGAAUUCAUUGAAAUCCCUUCCGGAGGAUUUCCUUGCUAGCCUACCACAGUUGAAAAUGGUCAACCUGGAUUACAACAAAAUAAGCCAUCUACCGGACUCACUUCUUCAUCAAUCGGUGGAGGUCGUUGAACUUAAUCUUGCUCACAAUAGAUUAAGAAGCUUACCGGAAAUGCUGCUGCGUGAUCAGCAUCAGCUCCGGGAUCUCAAUCUCGGCCACAAUCUACUGGAAACGAUUCCCGAUGAGCUUCUGGAAAACUGCCGGGAGCUGAUCACACUGCGCUUGUCAAGCAAUCGCCUUCAGAGCUUAUCAGGAAACGUCUUUGGUUACCUAAAAAAUCUCAAGAAGUUGUACCUGGAAAACAACAACCUUCAGACCAUCGAUCAUUUUACCUUCAGCGCUAACAGAGCCCUAGAGGAGCUGUACCUGCAAAACAAUCAACUGGCGUUCCACGCCACCAGCUUCGUACAGGACGAACUGAACAUUGGCGACAGUGACAACACGCCGUUCCAAUAUCUGAUAAAACUUCGCACCCUCAAGUUACAGAACAAUAGCAUCUCGACAAUCUUCAUGGACUGGAACAUCAACAAUUUGGAACUGCAAGAGCUGGAUCUCAGCAAUAACCUAAUCUCCAAACUCCAGUACGCUGACCUGCAGUUCCAAUCGAGCAUCUCCGUGAAUCUUUCCAACAACAACAUUUCGUUGAUCUCCAUCGUAAUCGAUCAGCUGGAGUUGAAGAAAAAUCAGAAAAUCAUCGUUGACCUCAGCAAUAACCCCCUGGACUGCAAUUGCAACGUCCUCGGCUUUGUCAAGUAUGUCCAAGAUAAAAGCGAUAAAGCGCUACAAUUCAACACCGAUCGUCUACGCUGCGCUGAACCCGCAAAUCUCCGCGAUACGUCUAUAAAAGAAGUGAAAACCGAAGAUCUCAAAUGCAGGCUAACCGAGAGCUGUUCAACGGAGUGCAGCUGUGAUCUACGACUGGUAGAUUACACGAUCGUCGUCAACUGCAAUGGGCGUGGUCUUACCCGGGUUCCAGAACUUCCACCACCAGAUCAAUUCGAGGAUUUUAACUCCAUCGAACUGCACAUCGAAGACAAUCUACUGACCGAACUGCCCACUUCAAAUCUCCUCGGUUACGAUCAAGUCACACAGCUGUACGUCCGCAACAACUCCAUCGGUCACUUGCAUCCCGAGAAUCUCCCCAACAAUCUACGCCUCUUGGACCUUACCCAAAACCAACUUAAAACGAUAGACGAUUCCACAAUAGCAUUUCUCAACCGCACCAGCCACCUCUCCAGCAUCCGACUUUCCAACAAUCCAUGGCGUUGCAAUUGCAAGAAAUCUCGCUUGUUGAUCUUUAUCCAACGUAACCAGAACCGAAUCGUGGACAUGCCAGAGAUCCUAUGUGACGUCACAGGUCGACCGCUUGGUUCCAUUACCGUGAACGACCUGUGCAACGAAGAUCUUACCAAGCUGAUCGUGAUCUGUAUAGUGGUGGCAGUCAUGGGGCUGACAGUGGGCCUGCUUUCGACGUUGUUCUACCGGUACCAAACGGAGGUCAAGGUGUGGUUGUUCACGCAUAACCUAUUUUUGUGGCUCAUUACCGAGGAUGAACUGGACCGAGACAAGCGAUACGAUGCGUUCAUUUCCUACUCGCAUUUGGACGAAGACUUCAUCACCGAUCAACUGGUGCCGACGCUGGAGAAGGAACCGAUGUGCUUCAAGACCUGCUGGCAUGUUCGGGACUUUAUGCCCGGCGAGAUGAUCAUCACGCAGAUUAUCAAAUCAAUCGAAGACUCCCGCCGGACGGUGAUAGUGCUCUCGAAGAACUUCCUGCAGUCUCAGUGGGCAAAGGAAGAGUUCCGACAGGCUCACGUUCAAUCGAUGGAGGACAACCGGGUCCGAGUGAUCGUCGUCAUAUAUGACGACAUCGGAGACGUCGAAAAACUAGACCCGGAGCUUAGGGCGUACCUCAAGACGAACACCUACGUCAAGUGGGGUGAUCCGUGGUUUUGGGACAAGCUCCGGUACGCCAUGCCGCAUCCACUGAAGAUCAACGGACUGAAGAGGGUGGAAAAAGAAAUUCUGCUGGAGCAGGUGGAUGCAACUGCGCCGAAGACUGUGUUAGGUUGAAUCUUGCCAACUGUUGAAGAAGAAUACUCAAGGGACACACACACACCAUGAUUCGUUGGGAUUGGAACUUAUACAGAACCAUUAAAAAAUGCCAUAAUGUACAAAAAAAACCAUUGCGAAUGGGAGGAGUUGACAGGUGCUCACCGCGGACAACAAUGAAAUCAAUGGGUGUUUAUCGAACUAGCAGCAUGACUGUGACGUAGCAAUUAUUGCUCCUUCAAUGACUGGGGCAAUCGAAUGCACAAGCAGUGGCGUCGCGUAACCUCACUUUUUACCUCUUGAAAAACGUAAACAAUUGAACAAAAAUGCUUUAAUAGAUACAAAUCAGAGAAACCUGAAGGUUCUGUGCAAAUUGGAACCGCUUUGGGUAUACACACUUUGAUCUUUAUGCCGAGAUUGGCACCACCAAGCAGCUCGGUCUUUGGUUUUACUAAGAAAUCAGCAAAAAAUCUGUUUGUUAGCUGAUUCUCGCCAAGUUUUUCACUCGGUGUGUAGGAAUAUAGAUAUAAAUUGCGGUUUUAAGUCAGAGAACAGGUACAAAGUGAGGUUACGCGACGCAACUGGAAAUUUAAACAGUUGUGCUGUAUACGCUUAAAAUUUGUGAAAACUUACUAAUAAAAUUCAGGCAAAUCUCCAAGUCAUUGAAUUAAUACGUACUGUUAAGAUAAUUUUUAGUUUAUUUAGUUUAGGAAAUAUAUUUCUAAUGAGCAAUUUUAAAUCAGAGGUUU